GUGACGUCAGCGAGCUCGCGGGGAAGCGUUGGUUUCCGGGUUGGCGAGGGGCCUGGCGCGGCAUGGAGCGGCCCCCGGUGGGCGCGGCGUUGCGGGGACACCCCGGAGGCAGCUGCGGCCCCUGGGAAAUGCGGGAGCGGCUGGGAACUGGCGGCUUCGGCAAUGUCUGUCUGUACCAGCACCAGGAUUUAGGUGAAAAGAUAGCUAAAUCUUGCCGACUGGAACUAAGCAUGAAAAACAAAGACCGGUGGUGCCAUGAAAUCCAGAUCAUGAAGAAGUUAAACAACCCCUAUGUAGUAAAGGCCUGUGAUGUUCCAGAGGAGAUGAACUUCCUAGUUAAUGAUGUCCCUCUUCUUGCAAUGGAGUACUGUUCAGGAGGUGAUCUCAGGAAGUUGUUAAACAAACCAGAAAAUUGCUGUGGACUUAAGGAAAGUCAAAUACUUUCUCUGCUUUGCGACAUUGGAUCUGGUAUCCAGUAUUUGCAUGAAAACAGAAUUAUACACAGAGAUUCUAAAGCCUGAAAUAUUGCUCAGGAUGAUGGUGGAAAGAUAAUUCACAAAAUAAUAGAUUUGGGAUAUGCCAAGGAUCUGGAUCAGGGAAGCUUAUGUACAUCAUUUGUUGGGACUUUACAAUAUUUGGCCCCAGAACUCUUUGAGAGUAAGUCCUACACUGUUACUGUAGAUUAUUGGAGCUUUGGAACAAUGGUGUUUGAGUGUAUUGCAGGAUUUAGACCCUUUUUACACAAUCUACAGCCAUUUACCUGGCAUGAAAAAAUCAAGAAAAAGGAUCCAAAGCACAUCUUUGCUUUUGAAGAGAUGACUGGGGAGGUUCGAUUUAGUACCCAUUUGCCACAGCCUAACAGUCUUUGUAGUAUAAUUGUAGAACCAGUGGAGAGUUGGUUACAACUGAUGCUGAAUUGGGAUCCACAGCAGAGGGGUGGAGGUAUAGACACAGAAACCAAUCGACCGAGAUGUUUCCUGUUAAUGGAUUAUAUACUGAAUUUGAAGAUAGUACACAUCCUAAAUAUGACUUCUGCCAAGAUUGUUUCUUUUCUCUUGCAUCCUGAGGAAAGUCUUCAUUCACUUCAGUCUCGUAUUGAGCUUGAUACUGGAAUAAGUACUGGAAAUCAAGAGUUGCUUUUGGAGAUGGGAAUUUCCCUGGACCCUCGGAAACCUGCUUCCCAAUGUGUUAUUGAUGGUGUGAGAGGCUGGGACAGUUACAUGGUUUAUUUGUUCGAUAAAAGCAAAACUGUGUAUGAAGGACCCUUUGCUUCCAGAAGUCUGUCUGACUGUGUAAAUUACAUUGUACAGGACAGCAAAAUUCAGUUGCCAAUUUCACAGCUGCGUAAAGUUUGGGCAGAAGCCGUGCACUAUGUGACUGGGCUUAAAGAAGAUUACAGCCGGCUAUUCCAAGGGCAGAGAGCUGCAAUGUUGAGUCUUCUUCGAUAUAAUGCCAACUUAACCAAGAUGAAAAACAAUAUGGUGUCCGCAUCUCAGCAACUGAAAGCAAAGCUGGAAUUCUUUCAUCAGAGUAUUCAUCUUGAUCUGGAGAGAUACAGUGACCAGAUGGCUUAUGGAAUAUCCUCAGAAAAGAUGCUCAAAGCCUGGAAGGAAAUGGAAGUAAAGGCCAUCCAGUGUGCUGAGGCUGGAGAUAUUGGAUACCUAGAUGAACAGAUUAUGGCUCUGCACACAGAGAUUGUGGAACUGCAGAGGAGUCCAUAUGCAAGGCGCCAAGGAGAUGUCAUGGAGAGUCUUGAACAAAAAGCCAUAGAACUAUACAAGCAAUUAAAACCAAGACCUCCAGAUCACGCCUACAGUGACAGCACUGACAUGGUGAAGAUUAUUGUGCAGACUGUACAGAGCCAGGAUCGAGUUCUCAAGGAGCUCUUUGGACAUCUUAGCAAGCUGUUAGGCUGUAAACAGAAGAUUAUUGAUUUACUUCCAAAGAUUGAAGUGGCUCUGAAUAACAUUAAGGAGGCUGACAGUUCGGUGAUGCAGAUGCAGGGAAAAAGACAGAGGGAGAUCUGGCAUUUGCUGAAAAUUGCUUGUACUCAGAGUUCUGCUCGAUCUCUUGUGAGUUCCAGCAUCGAGAGUGCAGCCACCUCUUCAACUGCUGCAUGGCUCCCUCCAAACUCCUCUGGCAACAUACCCCAUCCCCUCUCUUCUAUUACAGCUCCUAGAGAUGGGGAAGUUUUUGCCCAUGUGAUAGAAGAGAAUCUGAACUAUCUGGACCGCUUUAGCACUAUCAUUCAAGAGGCAAAACAGGAGCAGAACAGCAGCAUGAUGAAUCUUGAUUGGAGUUGGCUGAAAUAAUUAAGGAAGACAAGCGGGCAUUGUUGCCAUCCCCAAUGUGUCCAUGUGCUCAAGGUUGGCUGACAGUCCUGCGAUGAGAUGAACAGUAUCAACGUUAUGGUGUUGAUUCCACACUCUGCUGAUUCAGGACUGAAUAAUCUUCUCUCCCACUGCCAUCCGGAUGACAGUUCUGCAAGAGGCAUUUUGUGUUUUGUAGAUGUUAGCGGACUUGAUUAUAAAGUACAUGGGCAGCAACAGAGACCCUGCUUGUAUGUUUUGCUGCUAGAGGCAAAUGUUUUCCAACCUGUUCCUCAUGUCAGGGCUUUUAAAUCCAUAUGAGCUACCUAAAGAAGUAGCCUGAUUUUCAGAGAUGCUGAGUGAUCGUGGCUCCCACUACAUCCCUGAGCACUGCAGAUGCUCAGCACAUUUGAAAAUUACACCCUUUAUAUUUAGAAGCUUUUUAGGCACCUGGGCUUGGUUUGAAAAUGUUUGCGAUGGCCAGUCUUUCUAGCACUAUGACCUGUUCAUGCAGUCAGUGCUUGGAAGGCAGCUGUUGCUCUGACUGAUGAGCUGAGAUCAGGGCACUAUUUGAGAUGUUCUGUCUAUGGAGAACCUUUUGCGGAAGGAAGUACUCUGCCUCAGCAUUUGUUGUUAAUUUGUUUGGUGUUAGAGCAGCUGUGAGCUCUAGGGGAAGCAGAGGGAGCAGGUACCAGGGAGGUGUUCUCCCUACUCAGAAGAAAUGAGGAGAAGGCAGAGAGUAUCUUCUAGGUGCAGACAGAUCUCUGCUUUAAGUGGACAAGAAUGCACAGUACAGGCUAUAGCAGUAUCUGCAGUGUCCUGCUGGGGUGCUGGGCUACUGCACUUUCUUCUCCUGGGGCAGGCAUCUCAUAUUCACAAUCCCUGUAACAUUUUGUUUUCUGUUGCAAAAUGUCAUAUUACUUAUGUUAUCUUGCACCCCAACCUCCCAAAAACCCAACAAUCUGAGCCUUGAUCUGGGGAAUGCAAUUUGUGAUGGAUGAAAGAAAACACUACAGCCAUGGCUUUCCACCUGUGCUGUGCAUUCUUGUCCACUGAGAAGCAGUUUUGACAGAGUUUUUUACUGAUCAGGAAAUGCUCCCCAUUCCAGACAGACAGAAUUUUCUAUCCCACUGGCUACUUAAAAUAUUUAAGAAUUCUAUUUGUUAAUUUGUGAUAAAUAUUAUAUAUGUAGAACCUCUUUGUGAUUCUUAUUCUGUUCCAGAUUUGUGUCAUUUAAAGAUGCUACUCUCAAAUGGUCUGACUUGCCAAUGUUCUGUUUGGGCAGGAUGGAGGAGGGAAAAGGUAACGGGCUGCCUCGACUUCAGUUUAUGGCAAGAUUUUCAAAAAUGGCUAGUGAUUUUGGAUGUGCAACCCAACCUCUUUAACAGAGGGAAGAGGCUCAGCACUUUCUGAAAAUCACACCCUUUUAUGAUGUCUUAAGUUGGGCACUUGAAAGCAUCAUCUGUUUUUGAAAAUCUUGAUCCAUGCUUGUCUCUCUCCAUUAUUGUCCACAUAAGGCUGAAUUACUCUAAAACCAAAACAUUUCAAACCAGGUAGCUAUGAAGCAACAAGUUCGCAUCACCUACCAAAUCAAGUACUGAAUAGCAAGAAAUAAAAAGUGAAGGAAAUUGUAAAUUUCAUACACCCACAAAAUAACCAGUAAUACAUACACUAAGUGGGCCUCUGUUCCCUUGCCUCCUUGUGCAAUCAUUUACAUCUGUGCAAAGUGGGUGUACGAGUGACCAAGGAGAGAAGGCAACGGAGAAUUGAACCCACUAGUAACGAAGUACAAAAAGACAUCUUUCAUCCCAAAACAGGCAAAUUGAUUUCUGAUCAAUUAGAUUAAAAUAUAUUUUAAUUCGAGCACUUGUCUAAAUUUCUUCUGUGUCUGUACCUCUUCAUGCGUGAGAUCAGAACAUUUUUGCCAGCACUGUUCAUUGGUUUCAUCUGUUCACAGUGUAGCCUCAAGACUCUACUCCGCUUAGGCUUAUACAAAGGGAUGGUAUGACCAAAGGACCCUCACUUCCUUUCACCACUUCUGGCUGUUAGAGCCAAUUGGCAGUGUUACAUCUUGUCCACUCACACCUUACUUUAUCUGUAAAUAGUUUAGUUAGUGGUAGGUAGGAUAUAUUGUAGUUUUAUUUGGUAGGUUUUUAGUUUAAUAGUGUGUUUGGGUUUUGCUUUUUCCCCAGUAGGGAACUUUCCUCAUGUCUUCUCAGAAUUUCCCAGGUUUUAAAUAUUUGUGUCAUGUGGGACUGUUAAGCCUCUUAAUGACACCCACUCUAAUUGUCUUUACUCCCUGGAUGAGGGAGAUGUUAUGGAAAAAAUUUCAGGAUUGUAAGUCCUUAUCCAAAGAGCUGCUAGAUCCAGAGAAAAUAGGCUUAAAACUUUAUCUGUUAGAGAAAUCAGUGAAGCUUGGCUCAGACCUUGAAGAGAGGACAGGACAAUUAUCAGCUACAAGUGUCUCUGCUGUGGCUUCAGGGGGCUUGAUUACCUAGACACCAGUGAACACAGUUCCCAGAAGGACUUUGGGGGUCAGUCCCCUAUUAAAACUGCUGAAAAAGGAAGAGGGAGAAGGUCCUCCAAUUCUUGUUCUUCAAAGAGAUCUACUCCAAAAAUGAACUCCAGUCUCUCCAGGUCUCAUGAAGAGUGUGCCCCGAAGAUGUUGAAGGUGCUGGUGUCUGAUUCUCAGGCAGUGAGAAAAGGGCUUUCCUCAGCAGCAACAACAGUGCUCUCUUUGGCUCCUUCUCUUUUGUCUCUGGUGCUGUUAGCUCCAAGACAGGAGUACUUGGGGCUGGCUUAUUCAGUGCAGUACUUUUGGGUGCUGAGGUUGCAGACACUGGAGUCCAUGACGCUGAAAGUUUCAGUGUUGGUGUUUCAGAAGCCGUUGCUCUUGGAACCAACUGUAUCUCAGACCUCGGUACCAGUUCUGCUCUUGACACAGCAGAAAGGAGUGGCUGAUGUGUACAGCACCAAGGGAGCCACUUCAGGAUCUUUGGGCAUGGAGCCUGGGACUCCUGUAGGAUCAGCCCCUCCACAGGGAGAUGAAGCAGAACCAUCUGUCUUCCUUUUCUGACAGGGAGGAUGCCUCACCUUCAUACCUUGGUUGCUAUGCUAUGAUCCAUAUAUAUUGGGGAGGCAGACGAGGGUUAAAGGCAAACAAAAGCAGGUUAAGCCAAUUGCUUACCUGGUAUCCAGCCUUCUGGCCAUGUUCUUUAGAUCCAUAUGGUCAAAGCUCUUGGCCUUAUACGCCCCCUUGUAACUAUCCGCACUCUGCUAGAUACUUUUUGGCAUCUUCUUGCAGAAACAGAUCUUGUUCACCUCACAAACCAUCUGUGCUUCAGCAACUACUUCAGCAGGUCAGGGCCCCUGCUUCCUCCCCACCUUUGCUUCUCAUGGAGGACAUUGCUCAGCAUCAGACUGUUGAUGUUAUUCCAGUGCAUACUUUGAAUGAUUCAGCUUUACCAGCUCAGACUUCACUUCCUGAUGAUUAAAAUUGUAUCAGGAAUUAUUCAGUGAAUGGCAAAGGUACCUGAAAUCCUGAUUCAGACUGUCCAAGAUAAGUGACAUAAAUUGUUGGACAUUUCAAAUAACGUCCCUACCUGAUUCAUCCUGAUCCAAGACUCCUUUUGCUCAUAAACAAGGGCGUUUUAGAACCAGUGCAGUUACUGUGGCAGACCCCAGCAACUUCUAAAAGGUAGCAGGUCCCAUUAGUUGGGUUUGACUAUUUCUACUGCCAUCUUGAUCUAGGGUCUCUGGACCAAUCAAAACCCUUUAAAAGUAUCCCUAAGAAUAAAGAACCAAAGAAGCUGGCUCUCCUGGGCAUGAAAAGUCAUUCGCCCUUGAGCGUACAGCUUUGUUAGCAAAUUAUCAGGCUCUUCUUUCUCACUGACUAUUUUCAGGGGAUAAAACUGAGGAGUUUCUGGAUAAAUGUCCACCGUACUUUAGAAAGGACUUUAAAUCUUUCAUCUCAAGUCAGUUAAUGGCUAAGCCUUCUGUACAAGUUACAAUUGGUGCUGCUGAUACAGCAUCAAGUUCUUUGAGUGCUGGUGUGUCUAUGGGUACACAAUGGCUCCAUGCACUUGAGAACUGGAAGAUUAUUGCAAGAAGUGUUCUUUGGUCCACGUCUGCACUUUUCUACUCCUUGUGCCCCAGACGAGAGGUAUAAGUGGUGGUGUGGACCGUCCACCUCUCCAUUUCCUUUCUACUGCUGUGUGGUCUGAGACAAAACCCUCCAGUGUCCAUGAAGUUGAUUAUUCGACUUCAUUUUUGUAGGUAUUGUAAAAAAAUAAAAUUUUGGUAAUAGCAGUUUAUAGAGUUAGUUUAGUUAGGUAGAUUUUGGGGACUCCCCUGUCUGGGGCGGCUGCCGUCCUGGUGAAGGAUUCAGAUUAUGCCCAGGAUUCCAGGCUUCAAGGAUGGCUUCUCCUGCCCCCGAUCCUUGCUGGUCAGCAAUGACCAUCAGAGGUGUCCGUACUUCUUUGGAGAAGCUCAUAUCUCUGCUAAGUGAAAUAUCUGCCAUUCCUUUCCCAUUUGAGCCCAGUAAACUCAGAAAUUCAGACUUAGGAAACAUCUCAUGGAAUAUACUGUGAGGGCCAAGCCUAAUCUGCCAAUGUACAUGGGUGGGUCUGCCUGGCCCAGAAGCAUUGAGGAACAUACCACCCAGCUCCGUAAUCUCUAAAACAGGGGCAAUCAAAGACAGAGCUAAGGAAUCCUUUUCCCAAGCUCACUAUGAGGGUAGAAAGCCUCUCAAAAGCCUAAAGAGAAAUCCCACUCCAGAACAAUGUCCUCAGAUGAGAGCUGUUUCCCCAGCACCUUCAUAAACAAGUGACUCUUUAUGCCUGGUUCCAAGAGGCUUAAGAGCACAUACGAGUUCUGAUACCAUCCCACUGGCUCCAAAUAGCAUAAGUACCUGCAUGUUGGCAGAGGCAUGAGCCAAGACUCAGAUAACCGUCGGUACUGGCAAAGGACAAUCCAGAACCCCAUGUACCACUGGUACCAAUGUGAGCGCAUAAGGUAACACCAGCUUCCCAGGGAGAAGACACUUCAAUCCCCUGAUGACAGCUUCACUCCAGGGGAUAUCGUUGUUGUUCUGGACCCAGAAUCUCCCCUUUUAUUGGACCUGGUCUUUACAAGGGAGGAUUCUUACACUGGCAGUCACAAACACUACUCCUUACUGGACUCAUAGAUCAUCCUUUCAAAUCUUUGGGUUCUUGUUCCUGUUGUCUUCAUGGACAAAUAUAGCUUUCCUAUGGCUAUUAGGUCAGCAUGUAAGGUGAGUGAGUUGUAAGCAUCUUUGAAAGGACUGCCAUAUAUGAUUUUCUACAAAGACAAGGUUAUUCUCAGACUGCACCCUAUUUUUUUCUUAAAAUGCUGUCUGAUUUUUCAUUUAAAUAAAUCUGUACAUUUACCAGUGUUCCUUCUGAAACCACAUUCCACCAAGGGUGAAGCUGAACUACACAUAUUAGAUGUCAUAUGUGCCUUGUCCUUUUAUUUCACUAAAGAAUCUUCUCCAGUAGGAACAGAGAGGUUAUUUUACCUGUGUAUUUGGCACUGGUACGACAGCUGCAGGAAAACUGUCUCCACUUCUGGUGUUCACAGUUCAAGAAGGAUAUUAGUAAAUUGGAGAGAGUUCAGAGAAGAGCCAUGAGAAUUAAUAAAGGAUUAGAAAAUGUGCCUGAUAGUGAUGAUAUUCAAGGAGCUCAAUCUACUUUACUUAACAAAUAAAAGGUGAGGUGACUUGAUUACAGUGAGUUAAUACCUACAUGGGGAACAUUUAAUAAUGGGCUCUCCAGUCUAGCAGUGAAAAGUGUAACAUGACCCAAUGGCUGUAAGCUGAAGCUAGUUAAACUUAGACUGAAAAUAAGAGGUAAAUUUUUAACACAGAGAGAAAUUAACCAUUGGAAUAACUUACUAGUGGCAUGGUGAAUUCUCCAUCACUGACAACUUU